AUGAUAACUACAUACAAAUUAAGUAACAGUAAGUGGUUUCAACGAUUAUACAAAAUAAAAGACAAGUGGUGUACUGGUUUGAGCAAAGACUUCUUCUCUGCUGGGAUAUUAUCUUCUCAAAGAAGUGAGAGUACUAACAAUGCAGUUUGUUUUAAGGCAAACAAAAACACAAGAUUACUCAAACAUGCUUCUGAGGUAUACACUCUGACUCUAUUUAGGGAUUUUGAAUUUGAAUAUGGUGAAGCAAUUGGUUCAUUUUCAAACAUUGUGGCUAUGGAUGGUUACAAGUUGUAUUAUGAAGUGUACAAACAGAAUGAUACAGAAUCAAAGCAAAAAGUAACAUUUGACGCUGCUGCACAAAGAAUAGCUUGUACAUGCAAAAAUUUUGAGGAAGCUGGAUGGUUAUGUUACCACUGUAUACGUGUGUUACAUCUGCACUAUAUUCCAAAGAUUCCUGAUUGGUAUAUAACAAAACGAUGGACAAAACAAGCAAAUGCAGAUUUCUGGAAGAAGAUGGAUGAUACUGCAAUAUUAUCUAGUCAACAAAACAAAUUUAUCCCUUGGCGUCAUAAUAUGGCACGGAAGUACUAUGACUUGAUAGUAAGAAGUCAAGGGCAACAAGGAACUAGGAAGAUAUUAGAGCAAGGUUUUGAAAGAGAUUCUAAGGAGGUAGAUACAUUCAGAAAUGAAAAUGCUGUCAUGGAAGUAACUACAGAUGCUAAUAUUACAGACAGAGUUCCUACUGUUGAAGUACUUGAUCCAGAUAGAGUUAAUACAAAGGGAAGAAAUAAGAGAGGAAAAGGGCAUUUUGAUAAUGCUUUGAAAAAGAAAAGAGGAAAGGGAUCAAAGAGUAAUUCAACAGAGUAUGGUACUACAACUCCAGCUUUUACAACACCGGCACGUUUAUUUUAA